AUGGCCCAAAUCUGCUCUAAAGUGCACCUGGCAACGAGCGCAGCCCCAGACAUCGAUCGCGUGAUCGCCGAAACAAGGUGUACCCCGUUCACAGACCGAAUCGUGAAGGUUCGCCUUCGUGACGUGGGCAAGCUCCGCCUCCCUGAAUACGCGGGCACAACGGACCCGGGAGCGCACCUCCGAGCUUUCAGAUUAGCCAUAACUAAAGCUUACCUCACCGACGAUGAGUGUGAAGCCGGCUACUGCCGUUACUUCGCCGAGAACCUGGUGGGACCGGCGUUGGAAUGGUUCGCCCCUCUAGAGUCUAACUCCAUUGACAGCUUCGAUCAGCUUGCCUCGGCAUUUUUGAAGCAGUAUUCGGUCUUCUUUCAAGCUAAGUACACCUCGAAAUUCCGUGAGGAGCUCACCGUUCGACAGCCUCCAUCGCUCGACGACGCACUCUAUAGGUCAAUUAAUUUCGCUCGAGCAGAAGAGGAACGGGCCGCUUUGUCCGAAAUCCAUAAAUCAGCAAAAGCACCAUACCACCCUUCCAAAAAGACUCUCCGGAAGGAGCCAUUUGAAUCUGGUUUGCACGCUUUCGCGGUUGACUCCGCGCCCAAAGCCAAAAACCCGAACUUCGAUCCCGAGAAAUUUUGCAAGUAUCACAAAAUACGCGGACACUCGACUGAAGAGUGCAAAACCGUGGGGCGUCUCCUCGCGCGAAAACACGAAGCGGGAGAGCUCGGCGAAAUUGACCUCGAAAAAGAGGGAGAGAAGGCGAGAGAAGCCAACGCCACUACCAAAGAAGCCGCAGCAAAGCGCGAAAGGACCGACGAGGCCGAGGGAUCUUCCCCCCCUCCAGCCCCAAAGAAACGUAUUAGCCUGGUUUUCAAAGGACUUUCCCUUUGCCGCACCUCCCCCAGCUCGCUCAACGUCGACCCCACCUACAAACCCAUAAAAGAGAAGCGUCGUAAGCUCGGCCCCGAAAGGGCGAGAGCAGUGAAGGACGAGGUGGAUCGACUGUUGAAAAUAGGGUCUAUCCGCGAGGUCCAGUACGCCGAAUGGCUAGCCAACCCCGUAGUGGUCAAAAAGAAAAACGGGAAAUGGCGGAUCUGUAUCGACUUCAAAGAACUCAACAAAGCCUGUCCGAAGGGCAAUUACCCGCUUCCUCAUAUCGAUCGGCUGGUCGAAGCAACCGCCGGACACGAGAUUCUCUCCUUUAUGGACGCCUUCUCGGGGUAUAAUCAGAUCUUGAUGGACCCUGCCGACCAGGAAAAGACCGCGUUCAUCACGGACCGGGGCACCUAUUGCUACAAAGUAAUGCCUUUUGGACUUACAAACGCUGGAGCAACCUACCAGAGGUUAGUCAACAAGAUGUUCGCCGAGCACCUUGGAAAAACCAUGGAAGUUUACAUCGACGACAUGCUCGUCAAGUCAAUGCGCGAGCAGGAUCAUAUUCCUCAGCUCGAAGAAUGUUUCAAAAUACUAAACCAGUAUGGAAUGAAGCUCAACCAGACCAAGUGCACAUUCGGUGUCGCGUCGGGAGAAUUCCUCGGGUAUCUAGUCACGGAACGUGGGAUCGAAGCGAAUCCGAAACAAAUUGCGACCUUGCUCGAAAUGCCUUCGCAAAAGACUACUCGGGAGGUCCAGAGGUUAACAGGGCGGAUAGCCGCCCUGAACCGAUUUAUCGCGCGGUCUACAGACAGUUGCCUCCCAUUCUACCAGUUGCUUAAAGGCAAUCGGAAAUUCGAGUGGGACGACAAGUGUCAAGAGGCAUUCCAAGAACUAAAAAAGUACCUCACUGAACCCCCGUCCUGUCGAAGCCCGCGGACGGGGAACACCUCUUCCUCUAUAUCGUAG